ACUGGGAAAACAAGAGUUGGUGCCAGAGCCUUCUGUGGGUGCCAAGGCUGCGUUCUCAAAGACAGGCCCAUGGAUACAGUACGGAUUGCAGUUGUGGGGGCCGGUGUGAUGGGGCUCUCCACUGCUGUGUGCAUUUUCAAAUUGGUACCAGGAUGCUCCAUUACAGUCAUUUCAGACAAGUUCACUCCUGAGACUACAAGUGAUGUGGCAGCCGGGAUGCUUAUUCCUCCUGUUUAUCCAGACACACCCAUUCACAAGCAGAAGCAGUGGUUUAAAGACACCUUUGAUCACCUGUUUGCAAUCGCCAAUUCUGCAGAAGCCAAAGAUGCUGGCGUUCUCCUGGUGUCUGGUUGGCAGAUAUUUCAGAGCGCUCCUACUGAAGAAGUGCCAUUCUGGGCUGAUGUGGUGCUGGGAUUUCGAAAGAUGACUAAGAAUGAGCUGAAGAAAUUCCCCCAGCAUGUGUGUGGUCAGGCUUUUACAACCCUGAAGUGUGAAGGCCCUACCUACCUCCCCUGGUUGGAGAAAAGGGUGAAAGGAAGUGGGGGCCUGGUACUCACCCGACGAGUAGAAGACCUGUGGGAGCUUCACCCAUCUUUCAACAUUGUCGUCAACUGCUCAGGCCUUGGAAGCAAGCAGCUUGUAGGAGACAUGGAGAUUUUCCCUGUGAGGGGCCAAGUGCUCAAAGUACAGGCUCCCUGGGUGAAGCACUUUAUCCGAGAUGGGAGUGGGCUGACUUAUAUUUACCCUGGUAUAGCCAACGUCACCCUGGGUGGAACUAGACAAAAAGGAGACUGGAAUCUGUCCCCAAAUGCAGAAAUCAGCAAACAGAUUCUUUCCCGAUGCUGCGCCCUCGAGCCCUCUCUCCGUGGAGCCUGUGACAUAAGGGAGAAGGUGGGCUUGAGGCCCUCUAGGCCAGGCGUGCGGUUGGAGAAAGAGCUCUUGGUCCAGGGCAGUCAGAGGCUGCCUGUGGUCCAUAACUAUGGUCACGGAAGUGGGGGCAUUGCCAUGCACUGGGGCACUGCUCUGGAGGCUGCCAGGCUGGUGAGCGAGUGUGUCCAAGCCCUCAGGACCCCUGCUCCCAAAUCAAAGCUGUAGAUGACAUGAAACAACAGCAGAUGGCCCCAGAAUAUUAAUCAGCAUAUCAUUUAAGCAGCAGAAGAGAUUCAAAUAACUUUCCCACUGAGGGAAAGUUUAAUUAAACAUGACUUUGUUUUCAAAAUUAGAAUGGAUGCGAUAUGUAUCAAUAAACUUGACUAGUACUAAUCUAAUUUAGUACCAGACUCAAGUGUAGUACUAAUGACAUAGGGCAUUAAGCUCUAUUUUUGUUAAAAAUACUUUUUAUAAAGUAAGAUUUCUUUUAUAUCUCAUGUCUAAGGGUCUAUGCUAAUUCCCACGGAUGAAGGAUUCUGACAUUUUUUUGGGCUGAUACAUCCAUAGGAGGAGAUAAUAUAUGGAAAGCACUUCACUCACUGUCAGUUGCAGAGCUGCCCAUGAGGCUCAUAAGUUAUAGUCAAGUGAACACUAUAAUCAUUUGAAAUUACACCUUUGAUCAUAAAAUUCAUGCUUGUUCUGUUUAGUGGAAGACAAAGCAUGAUUGCUGCUAGUACUAGUGGUACCCUCUACUUCCUCUCAGCUGGUACUGAUGGCAGAAGACAGGGAUGAUGUGGUCUACGGAUGCAGCAUCAACUCAGUAGCUGUCUGGGGUCAAUCACCUAAGGGUCAUGCUUUCCAUUACCACAAAUGAUUGAGAGCUGGCUCACUGGAUGGUUGAUUUUGCCUAAGCAUUUUUGAAGAUUGAAUAGCAUGUGCAGCCAAAGAGCUAAUUUGCUAAUUAAGAUGGAACAAUCACUCUGAAUGAAAUAUAACCAAAGAGUUUUCUGCAAGUUGUUAAAAAGUACUGGGGAGGCGUGGAAAUGGGUCUCAUGAUAAAAUGAGCCUGGGAAUUGCUGAAUUAAUAAAUCUAAUCUGGUUUUUUGACUU